AGAGCUAUGUCCAGUCAUACCGCUGACACACAGCGCAGGCAUCUCAGCGAAACAAAAUGGCGGACAGUGGAACAGCCUCCACAGCUAGUGUUAGCUACAAACCAGGUGAAUAUUUUCGCCGUUACCAGCUUACAAAACUCGUUCCUGACUCGGAAGAUAAUGGAGAAGACGUUGAUAGUCUUUUGGGAACCGAGAAUUCUGCGGAGAACGUCGAAAAUGUCCAGCAACUAUCCAAAACCAAACGCAAAGCGUCAACGCACGAGGCAAAGGCCCCCAAAAAGCAAAAGGUUAAUAAGAAGUUUACAUGGUCACCCAGAAUGAUAGAAGAUGUCCUGGCUUAUAUGAAAGAGUACAAGUCUAGCUGCGACUUCAAAGGACUUGACUUUGAAGCGGAUCUUUCCUCGAUGUAUACACAGAUAAGAAAUUCUAUGGCGCGACAUUAUGUUGAUGACUUUGGCCCAGAAAAAGUAAUGGAAUCGGAGGUAGAAUUAAAAGACAUGGAUAAAGAUACUUACCUGACCUUUGCAAAGAAAACAAACGCCGAAAAGUUGUUAAUCAAAUCUGGGUACAGUAGGGUAAAGGAGAAAAUCAAGGCCUUAAGGCAAGAUUAUCGAGCUGCUGUCAGCAAAGGUUCAAGAAGUGGAAGUAGCCAUGUUGUCCAAGAGAACUAUGAUCUUUUAGCAGAAAUCUGGGGAGGUUCGCCAGCAACUACUUCUUUGUCAUUUGGAAUCGAUGGAGAUUCAAUUUUGGGGCUUCAUGAAAAUGACAACGAAACUGAUUCACCCAGGAGCUAUGACGACAGUUUGUCCUCUGCAGAUUCUCCACACAGCAGUGCCACUGGUGAUUCUUAUUGCACUGAAACACCAAUGUCAGUUCCACAUUCCAGUAUACCAAAACUUGUAGAUAACAAGAGAAAACAUAUGGAGAAAAAAUUAUCACAGUACAAAGGGAUCAAAUAUUGAUGAACAAUGCUGAGGAAGACAUGCAGAUGAAAAAAAAACAUGCUGGAGAUCUUUGAAAAAUCAAACAAAACUUUAGAGGAGUCAAUAACAAAGAUGACAAACUGCAUCAGUUCUCUUGGUGAUGGAAUUGAUGCAGGUAUGCAAAUGCUUGCAGCAGCCCUAGCCCAAAACCAGCCCCCAACUCCACCUCUUUCUCCUCCUCCUCAGCCGUACUACCCUUGUGGACAAUAUAUGGGUUAUCCUAAUCACUAUGGUACUAACAAUCAAUAGUACAAAGGCUAUCAUAUUUGGAGCUACAAUUAUGCAUUCUGUUCUGAAAAUGAUUUAUAAAAUAGUUCAGGUGUUUUCAUGAAACUGAAAUAGUUGAUAUAGAACUAUUCUCAAAUCACUAGUUCAGUAUAUUAGAAUAUUUCAAUGCCUCUUUUUUGACUUUGUCUUACUAUUGGAUAAAGGAGCCAUCGAAAACCGUUAUAACUCAGUAUCAUCAGUUGCAAAAAAAUGAAGCAAUUAAGCACAACGUUUUGUUUUAACAAGUGAAAUAUUUUCAAUUUGGUAGUUCAGUUGAAGAGACAUGGAGCUUUCAAAUUAUUUUGCAUAAACAAAUUUUGGCUUUUCUUAGAAGAAUUUUCAUUUGCAAUUAAAAAGCUAUUAUCUCAUAUGUUUUUCAAGUUUGAGACUUGCUAUUGCUGUUUUUGCUAAUGUGAUUAUUCUUGAUGUCCUUACAUGGGAUAUACAUUGACUGAAUGCAUAUAGAAUACAGAUAUUACAGGUUUAGUCAUUAGUUUAUUGAAACAUUUAUACAGUUGUUUUUUAUAACUGAAAAGACAACAAAAUGUUAGUUACUGUUCAUUGAUGUUGAGAUUGUCAUUGUUCAAUACAGUUCCAGUGAUUUUUGUUUCAUGAGUUACCCAUGAAUUGUUGGUACUUAUUGAUAUUGUUAUUUAACACAACAAAUUGUCUGUUUAUAAGCAUUAAAAGCUCCAGUUAUCAAGA